GUAAAGCUUUAAGCGUUUUUGGAGGUUACGUUGAAAUGUGAUGAAAACAAACAAGCCUAAAAGGGAAAAUGCGGGGAAAAAUACUGACCACUGUUGAGAAAACCUUCGUGAAUAAUUGCAUAAAACAAAACUUGCGCAUCGAUGGGAGGCGCAUGAAUGAUUUCCGGAAGGUGAAAUUGUCCUUUGGUAGCGAAUAUGGCAGUGUCCAUGUGACACUGGGAGAAACUCGUGUUCUCGUGCAAGUGUCCUGUGAGGUGGUACAGCCAAAAUCUGUGCGACCUCAGGAAGGACUGCUUUCGAUAAAUGUGGACAUUGGUCCAAUGGCUGCGGCUCACUUUGAGGCUAGACCCAUUUCUGAUGAGACUAUUCAGAUCAAUCGCAUUCUCGAGCGAGCCUUUAAGGAUUCGCGGUGUGUUGACCUCGAAUCACUGUGCCUGGUGGCUGAAGAAAAGGUUUGGAGUGUCAGGGUGGAUGUGAAUGUGCUCAAUCACGAUGGGAAUGUCAUUGAUUGUGCAUCUGUGGGAGUUUUGGCGGCGCUUUCUCACUUCCGUCGUCCUGAUGUCACAUGGUCAGGCACGGAAUUUACAAUCCACAGUCAUGCAGAGAAGGAUCCCAUCCCACUGGUACUGCAUCACUUUCCCGUAUGCGUGUCCUAUGUAAUUUUCCAAGAUGGAACGGUAGCUUGUGCUGAUCCUACGGAUCUGGAGGAGCGUGUGGCUCAAGCUAAAAUAGUCUUUGGGUUGAAUUCCUACCAGGAACUCUGUGGACUUCAUCUGGGAGGGGUGACUCUGCUAUCAUCAGGAUUUGUCAUCGAUCUGGCCAGUCGGGGAGUCAAACAUGCCAAGAAUCACAUUGAAAUGAUAAGGAAGUGCCUGGAGGAGGAUUCAAAGCUGCGCCAGGAGGGUGUCCGGGUGAGCUUUGUAAAAUGUUUAGAAGAAGGAAGUAUCAAGUCUUCGUACCAGGAGCGAAUACCCAUAAAAAUACCCUCCAGAGAGCCUCGGGAGCGUCGAAAGAAGAUAAAGACGGAGAUUAAUGGGGAACCCCAAGGGGCUGAGAAAAUGGAAGAGGACACUUUUGAAAUCAAACCUAUGGGAGCAGGAAGUGCUGUACUGAUGGAAGUGGAAAGUUUUGGGCUCGGAGGGCCUAAUAAAUGGAUUCCCGAUGAGAAUUCUUCAGGGUCAAGUGCAGAAGAGGAAGAAGUUGAUGAGAAACCCAGUGUCAAGAUCAAGAAGGAAUCCGAUAGUGAGGAAGAGACUACAGUCACGGUGUAAUUUGUGGAUCUUAGUUAUCGAUUUAAUUGCUCACAGACAAGGUGUCAUCCACGGAAAAUAAAUAAGAACGUUUGGAAAGA